UCUUAUAAGGCAAAGGAACGAAAUAAAACUAGUUUCAACUAAUUUGUAUGAUUGAAAAACAUCUAAAAUUAAAAUAUACCGGCCCGAAAAAAGAGCGUUCUAAAUAUUGAGAGUAUUUCUAAACAUUGAACUUGUCAUUUUGAAAGAGCAGGUGUCGAUUCGCGGAGAUGACUUGAUUUACAUAUGUACAUAAAUAUAUGCAUGUUUGUAAUGUAAUUGGAGUUUUAGAAAGUAUUUGACUCUUGGCUAAAUUGGCUAUUUUUUAGGCUGGUACAGUUUCCUCUUAAUAGUAAUUCCUUAAAAUGGUUCCGAAACGUAACCAUGGCUAUGUCACAAUUUUUGUGGCCGUUGUAUUAGUUUGUUUGUUGAAAAUAUUGUUCUGGAACCCACCUCUGCCAAUUUUGACUAAUCAACGUUCAAUGAAAGUGGUCGUAACUGUGUUUUAUGAGGCUCUGUGCCCGGACUCCAAGUAUUUUCUUACUAAGCAGCUCCUUCCAACUUUCAAGGUUGCUGAAGAAUUUAUGGAGGUACAACUUGCACCUUAUGGAAAGGCAAGAAAAAAAGAAUUAAAUGGCAAAAUUACUUUCGAUUGUCAACACGGACCUACCGAAUGCCAAGCUAACAUUUACCACGCAUGCGCAACAAAGAUAAUUGAAGACCCACUCCUGCGACUAAAUGUUGUAACAUGUAUGAUUGGAGACAAUCGAGUUCCUCAAGAUGCUAUGCAUAAGUGCGCAAAAGAACACAAUAUAGACUAUACGCUCAUUCAAAAAUGUUCCGACAGUAAGCAAGGCCUGGAUUUGCUUAAAUUGAAUGCAGAAGCCACACACGCACUGAGGCCUCCUGUAACAUUUAUUCCUACAAUUACAAUAGACGGGUCCCAAGGUAGACAAGCCUCUAUUUUAAAAGACUUGUUUUCUGAGGUGAUUGAAUGUAAGGAUGCAGUGACCUAUCUACGAGAAAGUUAUAAGUACCAUCGAAGGCAGGUUUCCUUUCGAUUAUCAAAAAGAGAAGCAGAUGACGGGGAUGCUUUGAAGUACGAAGAUAAAGUUCAGUGGGAGUUUCUUCUUCAAAAAAAUAACAAAGACGACGAGUCCAUUAAUUAUCUCAAUUAUGAACAAAUCUGAAGCUGUUCGACAUCGAAGGCCAAAAACAACUCCGAACAAAAGGCGACCCAAGGUAAAGGAAAACCGAAGAACAUUUGGCUCUAGUGGAGAUGUCGACUUUGGCUUAAUCUAGUAAAAUGCUAAAAUCUGCGAAUUGGGACGGAAUAUUCUAAAGCAAUAACUUUACUUUUUAAAAAAGGAUUCAUGUAGCUUUCUAUCGAGUGUGUUCCCAAGGAAAUAACUCCAUUUGUUUUUUUAUUGAAUUAAAUACCCGUCGCGAACGUACGAUUUUUCCAUAUUGUUUUAUUAA